AUGGCGGCUCGGCUCCCGGCGUCUGAACUGGACUGCGGAGUGGGCAGCACAAAGCUUUAUUCUGGUCUGAAGCAGGAAAACCCAGAGAGUCCACAGAUCAGCGAGGAGCCAGAGGAACAUGGCAUCAAACUGGAGGAAGAUCUGCUGCAAAUAACUGUGGGAGUGAAGGCAGAAGAACACAGUCUGCUCCAGGAAAUCCCACAAAGUCCACAGACUAAAGAGGAACCAGAGGAAGUGAGGAUCAAACACGAGGAGGAGCCGCUUCCUGUGUGUGUGAAGACAGAAGAGUGGUCACUGCCUCAAAGACAAAGUGAGCACAGAGAGGAGACACAGGGAGAAGACAUCAGCCCAGAGUCUGAGGGAGACACAGAGCACUCCUCUGACCACGACCAGGAUGAAGACCUUCAUCUUCAGCCUGUGUCCUCAGAGACAGAUGAUGAUGGAGACGACCACCACAGAAAGGCCGCACUAGGUUAG